AUGGCUCUUAGGUACCUCUUCGGUCUCUCAACGACCACCCUUGUGGUGAUCGGAUUGUAUAUGCUCUUCCAGGGGGAAGGCGAAGCUUUCAACGUCGGCCGCUUCCUCGAAGAAGUAUCCCCUUUCGCCUGGGCUAAUAUCGGAAUUGGGCUGUGUAUUGGCUGCUCCACUGUCGGAGCCGCAUGGGGUAUCUUCCUGACCGGAUCUUCGAUCGUCGGUGGAGGUGUGCGCGCACCGCGGAUCCGAACUAAAAACCUCAUCUCGAUCAUCUUCUGUGAAGUUGUUGCUAUCUAUGGAGUGAUUAUCGCCAUCAUCUUCUCCUCCAAGCUCACUCCGGUCCCCGAUGCAGAGCUAUACACCAAGAGCAAUUACUAUACAGGAUACGCGCUGUUCUGGGGCGGAAUUACCGUGGGAUUCUGCAAUUUGAUUUGUGGUAUCUCCGUUGGUAUUAACGGAAGUGGCGCUGCGCUGGCUGAUGCCGCUGACCCCAGUCUGUUCGUCCGGAUUCUGGUGAUUGAGAUCUUCAGCUCCGUCCUGGGUCUAUUUGGUCUGAUUGUCGGGCUCUUGGUGGGCGGUAAGGCCCUCGAAAUGGGCUCUAAGUAA